GUCAGUGCAAAUCUCACUUUAGUGUAACAUCGUAGUUGCUACCAAGAAAUUAUAAUAUCAUAUCAUGAUCUGGAAUAUUAUUUUAAUUUUUUUCUCCCUUAUAAUUGUUAAUUACAUUCUUAAAAUAAUUAAAAGACAAACAUUUUUUAAAACUCAUGGAAUACCACACGAAACGGCUGUACCAAUAUUUGGCAAUAUAUUACCAGUGAUAACUCGUAAAAAAGGUCUUGCUGAUAUAGUAAAAAAAUUGUGCGACACAAAUUCAAAUGCAAAAUACUGUGGAUUUUAUGAUUUCACAAAUCCGGUAAUUAUUCUCCGUGAUCAUGAAUUAGUUAAAUCAGUUUUAAUCAAAAAUUUCGAGAGUUUUACCGAUCAUGGUAUACUUGGACCAGAAACAAGUGAUCAACUUUUUGUUAGAAAUUUAUUUAAUUUAAAAGGAGAAAAAUGGCACGAUGUUCGUAAUUUAUUGAGUCCUGCAUUUACAUCAAGUAAAAUGAAAAUAUUCUAUAAACUUAUUUCCAAGAGUACUAUUAAUUUUGUCGAUGGUUAUUUAAUAAAUGACGCAAAAGGUAAUGAAAUGAGAGAAAUGAAAGAGGCCUUUUCACGAUAUAUCAAUGAUGUAAUAACAAGUUGUGCUUUUGGAAUAUAUAUAAAUACAAUGAAAGAUCUAAAGAAUAAUUUUUAUAUAAUUGGCAAAGAAGCAACAAAUUUUGCUAAAUUUUAUUUAAAAAUUAUUUUAAUGAGGGGAUUUCCAAUUCUUAUGAAAUUGUUACGUGUCAAAUUGUUAAAUUCAAAAAUUAAUAAAUUUUUCCAUGAAACCAUUAGAUCGACAAUUAAUAUGAGAGAUAAGAUGGGAAUAACACGACCUGAUAUAUUGCAAAUUUUAAUGAAUGCCAGGGGAAAUGAAAUGAAAAUUGAUCUCACGCCUGAAGAAAUAACUGCUCAAGCUUUUCUCAUUUAUUUUGCUGCGUACGAUACAACAACAACGUGUUUAUCCUUUAUGACACAUGAACUUGCAAUUAAUCCAGAAAUUCAAUCGCGAUUACAAGAUGAAAUUGAUUCUGUUUUUCAUAAAACUAAUGGUGAUCCUUCAUAUGAUGCAAUUAAUGAACUAGAAUAUUUGGAAGCAGUAAUUAAUGAAACAACAAGAAAAUAUCCAAUUUUUGCCUCAUUAGAUAGAGUUUGUACGAAACAAUUUAAUCUUCCACCAGCGGUUCCGGGAGCUAAAUCAGUUGUCGUGAAACCUGCACCAGGUACCUAUUUUCCUGAAAAAGUAAGACUUGAUAAGGCUCCUGAAUUUAGUUUUGGUCACCGUACUCCACUUGAAAAACCUAAUGAAACACCAGCUCCUGGAACUUAUUGUCCAGAAAAAGUUGAUUUUGGCAAAGGUCCACAAUACAGUUUAACUGGUAAAGGCUAUAUCGACAAACUCGAUAAUCUUCCAGCUCCUGGAACUUAUUCACCAGAGAAGGUAAACCUCUUUAAAUCACUACAAUUCACGUUUGGUCUCAGAACACUAACAGAGAAACCCAAUGAUUCGCCAGCUCCAGGAACUUAUUGUCCGGAAAAAGUCUAUUUAAAUAGAGGACCAGAAUAUAGUUUAUAUGGAAAAGGUCCAACCGAAAAACCCAAUGAUGUUCCAGCUCCUGGUACUUAUUGUCCUGAGAAAGUUAAUUUAAAUAAAGGACCAGAAUAUAGUUUAUAUGGAAAAGGACAAUCUGAAAAACCUAACGACGUACCAGCUCCUGGAACAUAUAGUCCUGAAAAAGUGAAUUUAAAUAAAGGGCCAGAAUACAGUUUAUAUGGAAAAGGACUUGUAGAAAAGCCGAAUGAUAUGCCAGCACCUGGAGCAUAUAGUCCUGAAAAAGUAAACUUAAAUAAAGGUCCAGAAUAUAGUUUGUAUGGAAAAGGAUUGUCAGAAAAGCCAAAUGACAUCCCAGCACCUGGAACAUACAGUCCUGAGAAAGUGAAUUUAAAUAAGGGACCGGAAUACAGUUUAUAUGGAAAAGGUCCAUCAGAAAAACCAAAUGACAUUCCAGCUCCGGGAACGUAUAGUCCAGAAAAAGUCAAUUUGAACAAGGGACCAGAGUAUAGUCUAUAUGGAAAGGGGCCAUCAGAAAAACCAAACGACAUCCCAGCUCCUGGAACAUACAGUCCGGAAAAAGUGAAUUUAAAUAAGGGACCCGAGUAUAGUUUAUAUGGGAGAAAUUCACCAGUAAAACCUAAUGACAUCCCAGCACCUGGAACCUAUAGUCCUGAAAAAUUUAAUCUGAAUAAAGGACCAGAGUACAGUUUAUAUGGAAAAGGACAAUCAGAAAAACCUAAUGACCUCCCAGCUCCUGGAACAUAUAGUCCUGAAAAAUUUAAUCUGAAUAAAGGACCAGAGUACAGUUUAUAUGGAAAAGGACAAUCAGAAAAACCUAAUGACCUCCCAGCUCCUGGAACAUAUAGUCCUGAAAAAUUUAAUCUGAAUAAGGGACCAGAGUAUAGUUUAUAUGGAAAAGGUCCAGCAGAAAAGCCGAAUGACAUCCCAGCUCCUGGAACAUACAGUCCUGAAAAAGUAAAUCUGAAUAAGGGACCAGAGUAUAGUUUAUAUGGAAAAGGUCCAUCAGAGAAGCCAAACGAUAUUCCAGCUCCUGGAACAUACAGUCCGGAAAAAGUGAAUUUAAAUAAAGGACCAGAAUACAGUUUGUAUGGAAAAGGUUUAUCAGAAAAGCCAAAUGAUAUUCCAGCUCCGGGAACAUACAGUCCUGAAAAAGUUAAUUUAAACAAAGGACCUGAAUAUAGUUUAUAUGGAAAAGGUGCUGCGGAGAAACUCAUUGAUACUCCUGCUCCGGGAACCUAUAGCCCUGAAAGAAUAAAUUUAAACAAGGGACCAGAAUACAGUUUAUAUGGUAAACCUGCUCCGACAAAAAUGAGUGAAAAUCCUGCACCUGGAACAUAUAGUCCAGAAAAAUUGAAUUUAGAUAAAGGACCAGAAUAUAGUUUAACCGGAAAGGGUCCAUCUACAAAACCAAGUGACAUUCCUGGUCCUGGCGAAUACUGUCCGGAAAAAGCGAUGUUGAUGCUUGAAAAAGCAUUCCACUUCACUUUUGGCUUACGUUCACCAAUGGAAAGAUUGAACAGUAUUCCUGGACCUGGUGCUUACGAAGCCAUAAAACCAGAUGCAAUCAGAUCAAAAAGUCCAGCGUACAGUAUUAGUGCCCGAUUCCAAUUGCCAAAUGAUCAUUCACAAAAACCUGGACCUGGUGCUCACUGUCCUGAAAAGGUUCACUUGGACUAUCCACCAGCGCAUACUUUUGGAAUCCGUCAUUCACAGUACGUUUGUAAUUUAAAAGACGCAGUAUAUUAAUGUCAAGAAAGAAAAAAAAUCAACAAUUCGACUAAAGCUUUUGACAAAUGGACAACAAAUUACAUAGCCAUCUAUACUGAUGGUUAUGUGAAUUCAUUCUGAAAAAUUCAACCGGUGCUAAAUAUUUACUCCCUUCAAUAUUCAAGCAUCAAGUUUUUUUUUACAUUUACUUUAUCAUCUAUUUGACUGGAACCUCGAGGACAAUGAAAAAAUUACCAUUAAGCUAUAUAGUUGAUUAAUUUUAAUGUUGCCAACAAUACAAUUAUUAUAUCAUAUUCAAAAAAUACUACUACUUUUUGUAAUAUUGCUUUCUCAUAUUGAUGAGGUUUAAUUAAAUUGAAGUAUUCUUUCGCAGAUUUCAAUUGAAGAGAAUUUUUAUUUUCUUUGAAAAAGUUUGACGAAUUCUCCAAAAAAUAUAAUUGAACCUUUUAGUAUUAUUAAGAAAUAUUGUUAAUUUUAUUUAUUUCCUGUAACUAUAUAAAGGAACUUUUGAAUUAUGUAUUAACUUUCUGAUUUAUAAAUAGAAUCAAUUUUUACCAAUCUGAUCGAAUAUCUUUAUUCGAUGAUUUUUUUUAAUAAUUGUAGGAUCUUUUGCGGUUUUCUUACCUUUAAUUAUAAUUAAUUUUCGUAAAUGAAAAAAAGAUCCGCAAUAUAUUUAUAAACCUCAGAUAGCCUUAGUUGCUAACGGAAAUUAUUUUAUGAAUAGAGAAUUAUACUCGAUUUAAUUAACAAGAUUUUUGUGAAUUUUAAGACUCAUUUUAAUGAUUGAUUUGUUUAGUUUUAUUUAAUGUAAUUCAAAUUUUUCUUUAUCUUAACCAGUUUGUAGUUAAAUUAGUCGAUUUUCUAAUUAUUCUGUGAUUCUAAAUUAAUUUAAAUUCAGUUUAUCGUUAAUUUUUAGUACAAUUUGGUAUCCGGGAUAUUUAAUAAUCUGAAAUUAAAUGUAAUUUCAAUUUCAUCAUUAAUGAAUUUAAUUAUUUAUUAUUAAUUGUAUUUGAAUAGAAAAAUGUGGUUUUUAUUAAAUUCGCUGAUCCAUCUUUAAGUAUAACUUAUUUUUCAUUUAUAAAUAUAAUUUAAUUCUUGAUAAUUUCCGAUUGUUAUAAUUUUUUUAAUAUGAGAAAGCAAUAAAUAGCAUAACGUUGUUUGGAAAUUGACAAAAUUUUAUUUCAUUUAUAAGAUUAAAUUACAAUUGAAAAUAUAUUGAAUAUUCUACCUAUUGUUUCCAUAUCAAAAUAUCUAAAAAAAAUUUUAGUAAAAUAUUUGAAAAUAUUUUUUUAAAAAUAUGCUUUGUUUCAGCAAAAUUUUUCACCUUAUUUUAAAUUUUUAAUUUCAUUAGUCUUCAGUUUGUCAAACAGUUUUCCUUUUC